UUCGGGCGUGCUUUGUCAACAGGCCCGGGGCACGCGGGCCGUGUUGACUGCUUCAUCUGCUCACUACCUACAGCCCUGCCCAGGUUAGGUGACGAUUAACCUCUCGAGAACAUUACUCUCGUGGGUCGACUUGUGCAGCCGGUAGCUGUUUUCACAAAAUCAUAGCCUGGUCGAACCUCAUACUCUUCGCCAUGGAACUCAGCUCGGCAGCGAUACACGAUGUCAUCCACCCCACGGCCGCCUUCAACCAGAACUCGGCAUUGGCCCGACGUAGGGCUCCAGCGCCGUCAAAGGGUGUUCCUUGGGAGGAUUCCCAACAAAACCCAAAGAACCGGCUCGACAGCCUCGACCUUCCUCGAGCGCCCCUCUUCAGGAUUGACGGCUGCACAGGCCUAGGGACACAGUAUUAUGCUGUCCCCAUCUUCCGCCCCGACAUGCCGCUGAUGCGCUUCGAUGUGUUCAUCCCAGGGGAAGCAGUUGCCUCCCCCGAUCUCCGCGAGCUACUGGGUUUGGAUACCGCCUUCCACACAAAAGACGCACCGAGACUCCGGCGACUGGGCAUUUCCACCUACAUAGUGCGCGUGCUGCAAGCCUGGGUUACAGAAAACGGCUAUGGCACUUAUUCAUCGCUGUCUGAAACCCUCCCCUUCGGCUCCCGCAUCAUCUUGGAGUCUCUCCACUUCGACAUCCGCAAGACGAAACCCUCCGUUGUGCCGACUUACUAUGUGGAGAGGCAGCUGCUUGGAACGGCCAGAUUAGACGAGAGCCUCGGUGUUGCCCCUGAACUCCUCCCGAAGGCCAUCGACAUCUCGCGCUUGACCAUCCUCCGGAUACUGUACGACAGUGUGUGCCUCGUCCGUAUGCCGGGCCAUGGGGCUAACCAUGGGACUGGCAACCUAUGGAUCUUCAAGGCCCUGACCAGCAGCACCAAAUAUCUGUUCGUAGAGCUGCGAAACCUGCUGCAGAUGGAACCGCACCCAAACGUUAUUUCGAGGCCUGAUUAUCUCGUCACCAAGCGCUGCUUGUUCGGUGGCAAGACAGCGGUACUUGGCUUUCUUUUGCCCUUCCACGAGCCCGGUAGUGUUCGUGAUGCACUGCCGCUGCUGCGUAUCCACGGCCGUCUCAGCCUAGAACAGCAGCUGAGAUGGGCCAUUCAGCUGACUUCGGCUGUCUUGCACGUCCAUGAGCGCGGCCGCAUGUUCUAUCCAGACCUGCGGCUUGAUAAUAUUCUCCUCUCUGCCGCCCGCGAUAUCGUCCUGAUCGAUCUCGAGCAACGCGGCGUGUGGUGCGAGUUUUCCGCCCCGGAGGUCAACGCAAUCGACUACGUGCGCAUCCUGGCCGGCGACGAGGUGGAUGAGGCCAAUCUCACCAUCCCGGAAGAGGCACGCAAGCGCUUCACCGCCAUCCUCGACCGGCUUCUCCCGGGUUGGGAUGUCCUCCAGGCAUGCGAGGAUUACUCUUCUCCGCGGCCACAUGGAUACUCGAACUACAACAUCCCCUGGCUCGCUCUAGAUGAGACGGAGCAGGAGGCCGCGACCGUCUACAUGCUCGGUCGAGUCCUGUGGUGCAUUUUCGAGGGCCAGAGCGCGCCGCAGGAGGCUGCCGUUUGGCAAUCCUACCGCUAUGAGCCGGACAUCGAGUUCCCGGUCUUUCGCUUGACACCAGAGACGCUGAUGAGCCUUAUUGACCGCUGCACAAAGGGCAGGCGUGGUACGCUGUCGGACUUGAUUGUCAGGCAGGGGAGCAGGCUUGUGCUCCGGGACAGGGAGAGCACUAGCGAGGAGGUACUCGGCGUGGCUCGCGGCUGGUGGGAGGCUGAGAUUAGGGCCACGGAGGCGUUUCUCAGCGAGCGUGAGGAAUUGAAGGCCAGCGGGCAGUGGGAUGGGAACCACUUUGGGCGACCCAAAUUGGCAGAGGUUCUGGCCGAGCUGAAGAAGUUCUACGAGGUGAUCGCGUCCCCUACUGUUACGGAGGAAAGCUGAAGGGGGAUCCGGUAAUCGGCAAAGCCAGUCACGAUACCCCUAGAUCUUACUGUGGUGG